AUGGCCACAAUAACAUUGGUAAAUCCUGGAACGUGCCAAUGGAACUCAAAUGUUGUACCUCAGAUACAAUAUCAACAACCACCAAGGGCAUACUCGAGGCCAAUAAUGAGACCUUCAACCAUUCAAAAUAAUAGUGUCAUCCAAACAAUGAAUGUAUCGAGGACUCUGGAAAUAAGAAAAUCAAAUGUUAACGAUGAGAAAGAAAAUGUACAAUGCCGAAAGUCUCGAUGGGAACCAGCUGAUGACUGUGUUCUAAUAUUGGAAAAAAAUCCAUCUGCAAAAAAGUUGGAACAGUCAGCUCCAUCAACUUCAGCAGUGAGAUCACCGCCUACUUCAAGUUCCUUAAUUUUGAAAAAGAAAAAGUUGGAACAGUCAGCUCCAUCAACUUCAGCAGUGAGAUCACCGCCUACUUCAAGUUCCUUAAUUUUGGAAAAGAAAAAGUUGGAACAGUCAGCUCCAUCAACUUCAGCAGUGAGAUCACCGCCUACUUCAAGUUCCUUAAUUUUGGAAAAGAAAAAGUUGGAACAGUCAGCUCCACCAACUUCAGCAGUGAGAUCACAGUCUUCUUUAAACUCCUCGUCUUCUUCAAGUUCCUCAUCGUCUUCUUCAAGUUCCUCGUCAUCUUCUUCAAGGUCCUCGUCUUCCUCAAGUUCUUCGACUUCAUUAUCGUCAACAAAUUUAGCGUCAAAUUCAACGCCAAAUCAGCCAACGAUGUCAUCAACAAAUUCAGCGUCAAAUUCAACGCCAAAUCAGCCAACAAUGUCAUCAACAAAUUCAGCGUCAAAUUCAACGCCAAAUCAGCCAACAAUGUCAUCAACAAAUUCAGCGUCAAAUUCAACGCCAAAUCAACCAACGAUGUCGUCAACAAAUUCAGCGUCAAAUUCAACGCCAAAUCAGCUAAUGAUGUCAUCAACAAAUUCAGCGUCAAAUUCAACGCCAAAUCAGCCAACGAUGUCAUCAACAAAUUCAGCGUCAAAUUCAACGCCAAAUCAGCCAACGAUGUCAUCAACAAAUUCAGCGUCAAAUUCAACGCCAAAUCAACCAACGAUGUCGUCAACAAAUUCAGCGUCAAAUUCAACGCCAAAUAAGUCGACUUCAAGACAUACGACUUCGAGAACAAUUUUGAUUGAAGACGAGUAUUUGUGUAAAAAAAAAUUGACUCGUCCAAAUAAAGUUGCCACUGGUAAGAGACGAAAUCCAAGUCAUGAAAAAGAAGUACCAAAGAAAAAAAAGAAAUAA